CUGUUUACACUGGCCAGACAAACCAUCCGCAAUUCCAUUUUCAAACCUGCUUUUGUAUGUGUGGUUGUUUCCUGCAUCUGGUUCUACCUUCGAUUGACCCCGCCUCAGCCUGCCAUCUCUAGAGCCAUGCAUAUCCAGUCGAUUCCUAUGUGGGAGGGUAGUGGUAACAACUACGCCUAUCUCGUUGUGGACGACAAGUCCAAGGAUGCCGUGAUCAUUGACCCCGCAAACCCAUCAGAUGGAGCCAUCAACCUCAAGAACAUCAUCAACACUCACCACCACCACGAUCAUGCAGGCGGUAACGUUGAGAUGGACUGCAGCAAGGUCUCCAAGACACCCGCACAUGGCGAGACCUUCAACGUCGGCGACAUUAAGGUCAAGGCUCUACACACCCCUUGCCACACCCAAGACAGCAUUUGCUUCCUGUUUGAGGAUGGCAACGAAAAAGCCGUCUUCACUGGAGACACCCUCUUCAUCGGCGGCAACUCGAUAGACGGCUGUGGUCGUUUCUUCGAAGGCAAUGCCGAGGAGAUGCACAAGGCUCUGAACGAGACUCUUGCUGCACUACCCGAUGAUACCAAAGUCUACGUAAGGAGAAGAACAUUGACAAUCAUUUGCAUCUUUGCUGACCAGUUUGUUGUANNGCCUGGCCAUGAGUACACCAAGGGCAACGUCAAGUUUGGCAUUCAAGUCAUGCAGAGCGAGCCCAUCAAGAAGCUCGAAGCCUUCGCCAACGCCAACAAGCAGACUCAGGGCAAAUUCACCAUUGGUGAUGAGAAGCUUCACAACGUCUUCAUGAGACUUGACGUAAGCUUCCUCGACGCAGGUUCGUGUUCUAUACUAACGACUCGUAGNGAUCCUGCUGUUCAGAAGGCCACUGGAAAGACUAGCCCCGUCGAUGUCAUGGUCGCCUUGAGAGAGAUGAAGAACAAGUCC